CCUCCUGCUCUGAGCUUGGAUAUCGAACUGUGCUAAUCACGCGAAGAAUGCCGUGUUUCCGGUCACAAAAUGCACAAGGGUUCAUUGCAUCCCUUGUAAUUGCCUUGAUUAUUCGCCAAGCUUGUCUCUUCGAGCUUUUCCUAGGUUUAGGGGUCGAUAAAGUAUUGGCUCAAGAGACCAGUGUGACUUGUCCCUACGACUUUCAGUGGGCUUUCAAUUCCCAAGGAGAAUCCCCUUGCAAAGUCGGCUCGGGACUUAUUGCAGUGGGUACUGGAGGAAAAUGGCUCGUGGGUCCGCUCCUUCCGGGAUGGGAAUACAUCGGUCCAUCGCCGAACAGUUCAGGGGGUUACUUCCCAAAUGCUUGUCUGUGUUCCUCCAUGGUAUACCAGCUGAUGGCGGCAUGUGGAUCAUGCCAGAACCGCUCAUACACGUCGUAUCCCCUCUGGGGACGUUAUUGCACUGGCGUUGCGAUUGUAGAGGGUGAAUACCGACCAUCGCUGAUGCCCGCCGGAACCCUUAUACCUCAAUGGGCAUACAUUAAGCCCUCCGACUUUGAUGGACUCUUCAACUUGGAUGCAGCGAAGACAAUUGGUGUAGAUGCACUCGAAAGCUCUCGCGUGUUUUCACUCAGUAGCACCACAUCCAGCACUUCCACAGCUUCCAAUAGUGCACAUGGGAGCAGGGGCUCGAACAUCGGUGCGAUUGUAGGAGGCGUAGUUGGAGGCGUAGUUGCCCUUGCUGCCCUGAUCGCAGUUGUUGCGAUAUGGAUCUUCAAAAGGAUGAGUUCAGACGGAGGCCCUGCUGUCCACUCGCAGGGACGCUCCGUAUUACCCGUGGUAAUGGAGGAAAACCACAAACACGCUCCUCUGUCGCCUGGAUCCCUGGCCCCACGAUAUUCAGCUCAAGGACAUGAUGCUUGACAUGCGGCU